AUGGGCUUCUUCUCCUCCCUACGCGGCACAGACAGCACCACCACUAGCGUCAAUGGCGAAACGACGGAGAAGUCCGCGCAGAAACAAAAGACAGUGAUCCGUUCGCGCUUCUACGGGUCUACGAGGAACAAGAAGGCGCACACUCAGGACGUAGAGAGGAUUGGCAGUAAUGGGGCUGCGAAGAGUGUGGGCGGGGGAGUGGAUGAGGUUCCUAUAGCCGGACCGUCGAGGACCACGAGCGUGCGCGCGCCCAGUCCCCCGCCUCCGCCUCCUCCAGCACCGACACGGCAGCCUCCCCCAGACCCCACGCCACAACGGACGAUCCAUCACAGCCAGAGUCAAACUCUACCGCGCCCUCGACCGCCAAAGGCAAAUCCGGCACCCGCGGCGCACAGGGCAAGCACGACGGCCGUCACUACCGCUCUCGCAACUCGGCUAGCUGAACUCGCUGCCGCCAACGCCGCCGGAUUACUCGACGACGACGAGUAUCGACUCCUACGACAGAACCUAUUCGAGCGCGUGCCCGGCGCGGACGCUGUACCCCAGGAGGAGCCGCUCGUCAGGAUACGUGCCCAGCCGACGAACAGAGAAUCCGUCGCCCGACCACCAUCACAGUUCUCCACGCACACAACAGCGCCCUCCCUAGCGCCCACAAACCGCUCGCGAACUUCCGUAUCCAGUGCCGUCGGCAGCCUCUUCCGCCGCGCCACGGGCCGCACCUCGAACGGCAAUCGGAUGAGCGUCAGCGUCGACGACGGCGAUAACGCCGACUUCGCCGUCGAUCCGGCUGUCACGAACGGGAAUGGAAGCAACGGAUGGGCGGGGACUGUCCGAGGAAGGUUGGGCGCACGGAAGACGUCAGAGAGCAGUCUUCGCGACGAUGCGGCGAGCACAUACUCGCACUCGCGCCGGCGGCCCAGUGCGCCGCCCAGCGCGUUCAACUCGCCGUCGGCGCAUCACAAGCCUCUACCCCCACCUUUAACGACAUCAUUAUCUUCAAACUCCAUCGGCCGCUCGCCGGCGACUUCACACCCUGGCCUGCCCGCCUCGUCCAGUAUGAAUGGGGAUUUAGCGAUCGAGCGGACGAAUAUUCUCGACGACGCGCUGGACGACGCGCAUCUCAAGUCUGCGAGCGCGAUUAAAGCCGAGAUCGCUGCGCUCGAAGCGGAGGGCCGGCGCGUAUCGCGCGCGUUUGAUGGGCUGGAGCUUACGGCGCUUACACGGCGAGCGCCGCGGACGCCGAUAACCCCUUCGGCAUCUGCUUCGGCACAGCGCGCAGGCUCGAUACGAAGACCGACGACACCGUCUGCAUCGCUACAUGGUCAUCAGCCUACGACGCCCAACUUACCACCACGGACUCCUGGAAGUACCAGGAGAGCAUUCCCGUGGCCACCGGAGGACGAUGCUAGCAGUAUGAAGAGCGGUGUCAGCGCGACUUCUUCACGCUCGAAGCGCGCUCCGCGUACACCGCGCACACCAGGCGGUCAUGGAUCCUCCACAUUAUCGACAUCCGCGUCGUUCCCUCUUCUUUCCUCGGGCGGGAGCCUGAGCCGACGACCAUCAGCUUCGUCUGUGUCAAGCAAUGCGCACUCUUUACCAUCGCAUGGGCACGGACCGAGCAGACUGGGACGGCUCGCGGCGGCUGGUGGCAGUUCAAGCUCGUUGAACCUCCGCGGAAGCAGCGUCCACCUCCCCCUCGCGCCCGUCCGCGAACGCGACUCGACCGAACUCCCGCCCUCCCUCUCACUCGACACCACCCACUCCCCCGACGCCCUCGGCCUCGGUCUCUCACCCUCGAGCUCCGAAGGCGGACUGAGAGUCGGGGCGAGGAGAGGUGAAGAUGGCGAGGACGUCGAAGCUGCUGCGCGCGAAAUUGCCGAUGUGCGGAGGAGGAGAGCGGAGGUUGUGGGGAGGUAUGAGGAGAGGCUUGAGUAUCUGCGGGCGAAGUUGAAGGGGGCGGAGUUGCAUGAGAAGUUGUUGAGGAAGUGA